UGCAAUUUCGGAAACACGAUGGCUGGAUCGGUAUCACAAAUACUUAAUACCCAUGUGUUUGGGAUUAGUCGAUUGCUGCGAGUUUUCGGAACAAAUUCUGUCGCCAAAUUUACGACGCAAUCCCAACCUAACAUUCGAACUGAAGGGCUCUAGAGAGGAUUAUUUGUGAAACAAUUUCAAAAAAAAAAAAAAAAAAAAAGUUUUAAAACUGCAAAAAAAAGUGAGUCUUUUAAAAAAAAUCACACAACGGAUAUUACAUUUUAAAUAAUAAAAUCUAAACUCCGAGGUCAUGUCCAUGAAAUCUCCUACAACUUAUUCUCAAGAAGACUUGGACUUGAUAAAUUCAGAAAUUCCUAAUUUCGAUUGUUCUGCACCAACAACUUCAGCCGUGGAUCAAGCCCAUAAGUCAAGUGAAAAGUUUUUUGUCAACGCAGAAGAAUUUUCAAAUACAUUAAAUCCUCUGAAUAUUGACGAAUUACAAAAUGCCUAUAAUAUUGAUUUAAUUAAUAAUGAUAUUUCAAGAAAAUCAGAAUUCAUUGAAAAUGAAAAUAUACCAAUUUCAAUUAAUAAUAUUUCAACAACAGGAAAUAAUGUUCAACCUCUUAUGACAAUAGAAAAUGUUGCUGCAAAUUUUCAUCCAGAAGAUGGUAAUAUUAGAUUUCAAAGUGAGAAGAAAAAUGAAAAAAUAAUUGACGAUUUAAAAAGUAAAUCGACAAAUAAAUUAAAUUUCUUUCCUGGUGAUAAACUUGAGGCAAAGGAUUUUAAUGAGAAAUGGUAUUCGGCAAAAGUAGUUGAGACAGAUUGGAUUGAAAGAGAAGUAUUAAUUCAUUUUGAUAAAUGGAGUUCAAGAUUCGAUGAAUGGAUACCAAUGGAUAGUCCACGACUUCGAAUGUUACAAACACAAUCACGUGAAAUGAAGACAAAAGAUUUUGUCGCCGGUGAAAGAAUAUUAGCCACAUGGGCCGAUGGUAGAAAAUAUCCAGCAAAAGUAAAUGCUGUACUUGGUAAUGAUCGUUAUGAUGUUCUUUUUGACGAUGGCUAUGCAAAAAUAGUGAGAUCAUCUAAAAUGACAAAAAUCGGUGGACCAUUGGAUGAGCAAAAUGAUAGUGAAGAUUUUAUUGGCAGUAAAGAGAAACGUAAGGAUAGAAAUCGAAAAUAUCAAGUUAUGGAUCUUUUUCAGCGUAAACCAAAGAAACACGGUGGUGAAAAAUAUGCCAAAAGAGGUCGUCCUUGUAAGGAGGAAACAAUAGUUACAAAUGAAGCAGCAGCUGUUAUUGAUAAUGGUUCAUUCUCAGGUUCUCAUGAUGAUUCGAGUACAGAAGUUCUUCAUGGUUUUGAAAAUACAAAUGCAAAAAUGAAAACCUAUUUGAAGAAGGACAAAAAAGGCGAUUCAAACAUUGAUCCAAGUUUUCAACCCGAAUGGAAAGAUGGUGAACCACAGGGUAAAGAAUCAUUUAUAGAAGGACCACGACGUUCAAUAAUUGUUGCCGAUAAAAGAUUACCACCAGGUUGGGAGAAGCAUUUUACACAAAGAAAAGCGGGAUCAUCAGCUGGCAAAUGGGACGUACUUUUUAUACAUGAAGGUAGUGAUAAAAAAUUUCGUUCGCGAAAUGAUAUUCGCGCCUAUAUGGUGAGUCAAGGACGUUUUGAUUUUGAUCCAGAAAUGUUUGAUUUUUGUAUUCAUCGAAAAAAGAAGCCACGAGGGGAAAAAACAAUUAUUGAUACGCCAAAUAAUAGAAAAUCAAAACCUUAUUCAAGAGCAAAACAUCUUAUUGCACAAGAUAAUAUAAGUCCACAAUUUCCAAGUACAAGUACACCAGCAAUUCCAGUGACACCAUCAUCAUCAACAUCAACAGCCGUGGAAGAUGGUGCAAUAUUCAUUGGUGGUUUACGUGUUGAAAUGGAGGAUAGUUCCUAUAAAUGUCCCAAGGAAGGUUGUUUAAAAAAUUUCCGCAAAGAAAAUCUCCUUCAAAUGCACAUUAAACACUAUCAUCCUGAAUAUUCCAAAUUUCUUGGCUCAACACCAAAUGUCGCCGAUUUGGCAUAUGCAAGAACAAUUGGCGAAUCAAUUGACGAUAUUAUUCCAAAGCAAACGCACAAUUUUCUUGAGAAAAUUUCCAAAUUUGAAAAAAGAAAAGGAUUACAUGAUAAAUCACAAUUACCUGUUCUUCAAUCAGCUCUUUCGCCAUCGCAAAUAAUUAUCACUGCACCAUCGCCAACACCUCCAAUUUUAGAACUUGAAGUUAAUCCAAAAAUUGACGAUUUAAAUGACACACGAGAUGAAAAAAUUGAAUUAGGUUCACCAAUAAGAUCAAAUAGUGAGACACUUAGAAAAGAAAGUGAUUGUGCAAUGUCGCCAGGUUCACUUUUUGAUUUAAAAUUACGUGAAGAAAAAACUCAAACUGGUAUUAAAACACUUUUACCAGUUCGACCACCAUCAGCGGGAGCAACAGAUUCAAGAUCAAAAUCCGUUGAUGAAAUACCUAAAGAAAAAGGUAAAAGUGUAAGAAAACGUAAUUUAUCUGAAUAUCAUCAAGAAUUAGUGCCAAAAACAAAAAAACGUCAUCUAAUUCAACAUGAUGUUAAUUUUGAUGAUUUGGAUGAAAGUACAAUGGAUACAGAAGGUCCCUCAACACCCACUUAUCGUUUCAGUCGUAGAAAAUCCGAUACCAAAAAUGACGAGAGUAAUGAUAGUAAAAAUGAAAAUAUGAUGCUUAUCAAUGGUGAAUUAAUAAAAGUUGAACAAUUACGUAAAGAAGAAAUAAUAAAUUGUACAUGUAAAUUUAUGGAAGAAGACGGUUUAAUGAUACAAUGUGAUCUUUGCCUUUGUUGGCAGCAUGGACAUUGUAAUGCAAUUGAAAAAGAAAAAGAUGUUCCCGAUAAAUAUGUAUGCUACAUUUGUCGACAUCCCUAUAGACAACGACCAUCAAUGAAAUAUAAUCUCGAUCAAGAAUGGAUAAAAGAAGGUAAACUACCAACAUUACAAGAUAGAACAAAAAAUGAUAUGAUAAUUAAACAAAGAACAGCAAUGUUAAAACGUUCAUACGAUCUUAUUUCAUCAUUAUUUCAAAUUCAAGCCCUAUUACAUAGUUUACGUGUGAAAAUAAAUGUUGCACAAAAGAAAGAUCAUCCAAAAUUAUAUCUUUGGGCAAAAAAUUGGGAGAAAUUAUUAAUUCCAAAACCUGAUAUUUCACCAGUACCUGUUUUUGAAAUAAUUGAGAGAGCUGAAAAAAUUGAUAUUGAAAUUAAAAAUGAGGACGAUGAUAAUUUAAAAGCAGAAUCAAUAGAUGAUCAAAAUUCAAUUGCAACUGAUUCGGAAUUAGUGAAAAUUUUAGAAGAUCCCACUAUUGAGACAAAUAAUAAAAAUGUAAAUUCGGAAAAUUUUUUAUUCAGUGCAUUAACAAAAAAUGAAAUUGAAAUUGACAAUAAUGGAAAAGAAAAUUUAACGGAUUUAAAAUCAUCAACUCUAACUGAAAAUUGUAUUUUACCACAAGAAUUCAAUAAACGUAUUACAAAUGUACAACCAUUUAUACCAGAACCCGAGGCACCAAUUGAUCCUACAGAAUGUAGAAUGAGAUUAUUGGAUCAUAUUGAUCAUUUUCAAAACUAUAUUGCAUCGAAAUUAACAAGUAUUGAAGCACAAGUACAAGUUUUGGAAGAAAUGGAUCCUGAUACAAUUCCUGAAAUGGAAGUACAACCUCGAACAAAGCAAACUGUGCAAAUGUUGCUUCGAGAUUUAGGCACCAUCAGAAAGCUCGCUUCAUUGUGUUGAUAAUGAAUUUAUUUUCUUUUAUUUAUAUACAUAAAUAUAUAUAUAUAUAUAUAAAUAUAGUUCAUUUACUAAAUGAAAACUUUUUUAAUUAACACACUGUAAAUCAUUGAAUUUAAGCAGAGACUUUAGUUUUUAAAAGAAAUUUGUAAAAUCUGUAAUAAUAGAUUUUAGAUUAUGUAAAAUCGAAUAUAAUUAUUUUAGUCAAGUAGUUUCACAUUUGAUAUAAUAAAACUUUCAAUAUUCACAUGUUCUGAAAAUUUAAUCAGAAUCUUUAAUAAUUGUGUGUAGUUUGAAAAAGAGAAAACUUUAUCAUUCUUAUUCUUAUACUGAUAGUAAUUGUAUUAUGCUUUUUUUUUAUUUAAGUAUAUAAAAUUCAUUUGUGCAAACUAUAAUAAAAUAAAGUUUUUCUCUGAUA